CAGGGAUUGAUUUUAAGUCCUUGGCUGUAUAUCAAGAAGAGAAAAUGCUUAUUGCUUGGCUUGGCUUCAGCAUUGAGUUUCUAAUAUAUAAUCUAAAACUCUGUUAGAAGUGGAUGUGUCAGAUAUGGACUGACGAUAACUACAAGUCAACUCAUGAUAUAUGUCUGUUCGGUCGCACCAGUCAUUCCAUGCAGGCAUUGCAAACGUUGCUACCCUCACCAUUACAAGUACUAUUCAUAUUUCAUAUCCAUUCUCCACAUAUUCUUGCAGCUUAUCCUAGAGAUUUUACCUCUCUCUCUCUCUCUCUUUUUCUCAAGUCAUUUUUUUUCUCCUUUUAAUUUUGUCGUUUGAAGGUGUUUUUCUUUGACCCUCAAGGUCUAUCUUCUUAACUUAUUUUGUGAAGUAUUACCCCCAAAAGAAAAGCUCACCCUCUCUCUAACACAUAAUAUCUUUAAGCUCUUUGUAUCUUCUGGCAUAACUAUUUGAUUAUUUUUCUUCUUGUUAACUACUUGAAUAAGUGUUUGGCUGUGUGUGCUUCCGCGCACACUUUUGAGUGAUUUCAGAACUAAUGGACAAACGUCCUCGGAAACAAGCCAAGACCAGGUGCUCCACGUCAGAAGCAGAAGUGAGCAGUAUUGAGUGGGAUUUCAUAAAGAUGACUGAACAAGAAGAGGAUCUCAUCUGUAGGAUGUACAGACUUGUUGGAGACAGGUGGGAUUUGAUAGCAGGUCGGAUUCCAGGGCGAAAACCAGAAGAUAUAGAGAGGUUUUGGAUAAUGAGACAUGGUGAGGUAUUUGCAGAGAAAAGAAACAAGCAUAGGACCAAGAAUUCAUAAUGCUUCUAGUCCUCCGUUCAUUUGAUCCGGACAGGUUUAGCGGAAUUUCUUUUCUUGUGUUGGAAUUCUUCUUGUAUAUAAAGUUUGUUUUGUUUGCUUAUCCUCUCUUUUUAUUUUCUCUCUUUUGUUCUUUGUCUUUCUUGUGCUUCAUUGGCUUUUUAGUUUCAUGAACAAUAUCUCCUAUUA